AUGGCUGCACCGACCAAGUUCAGUUUUUCCGUAAGGAGCAUCCUGGAUUUGCCUGAGCAGGAUGCGGAUGCAGCAAAGCGGUCUUCCCCGAUUUACUCCUCUUGCUCUUCCAGCUCACCCUACAGCUCAUGGAUCGACUGCGAGCGGAGCCUUUGCAUGUCUUCUGACGAUUGCAAUUUCGAGGCCUCUCCUGACUCAACUAAGCCCGAUGACCCGUGCCUCGAUUCAGAGCCUGAGCAGAGCAAGAAGAGCAAGAAACGCCGCGUUUUGUUCUCCAAGGCCCAGACCCUUGAGCUGGAAAGGCGCUUCCGCCAGCAGCGCUACCUGUCGGGUCCGGAGAGAGAACAGCUGGCACGGCUGCUGAGCCUGACUCCAACCCAGGUGAAGAUCUGGUUUCAGAACCACCGCUACAAGAUGAAGCGAGGUCGAGCAGAAGGAGCACUGCAGGACGUAGAAAUCCCGCAGCCGCCGGUGUUGCGCAGAGUCGUUGUUCCGAUCCUGGUCCGAAACGGGAAACCCUUUCACACAUGCUUACUUGACUCUGAGAAAUUUGGGUGUUUACCUCCGUCAUCUCAGCCGGUGCCCUUCCCUUUAGCUUACACAUCUCUUCAGCAUCCAUCCCCCGUUGCUCUUCCUCCAAGGUACCACCAACACUUUCCGGCCGCGGCGGCGGCCUCCAGCUUCGCCUGGAGAGACUUUUGGAGUGAUUCGGUUCAUCUUAAUUCUUUCAAGUAA